AGUACUUGGGUUUGCUUUGUAUUACUUACUUGCGUGUGCACAUCUUAGUAAUCAGACUUUGUCUGCGUGAAGUAACCAACUGUCCGCACCAAGAUCUUUCAAAUCAACAUGUCACCGUCAGAAACUGGUGGCAAAGGGACGCCUAUUGAACAAAACUUUAAGACUCCGGGGUUGAGAGGGGCCAAAACAACAACACUGUUCCGUGCUGUCAACCCUGAACUCUUCAUUAAGCCUAAUAAACCGGUCAUGGCUUUUGGACUUGUGACAAUUUCCCUGUGUGUUGGAUACCUUGGCUAUCUUCAUGCGACCAAGGAGAACAAUCAAGAGUUUUAUGAAGCCAUUGACAGCGAAGGCGAGAGGUACAUGAGGAGAAAAACUUCAAAAUGGGACUAACAGCACUG